CCUCACCUAUUCUCCCAUCUGGCAGGAGGAGGACGCAGACAUGGCUUCCGUUCUGGCUAACGGUACUUCGCGCUUCUGUCCUCAGUCACAUUCCGAAACUACGAUACCACUGAAAGCGUCUUCUCAUAACCUACAAACACAGAAGACCAGGGUUAAUAAAAAAUUCACUACUUCUUCGAGGCGCUGGAAGGUCCGGGCAGAUCUCGAAUCCAUAUCUAUUCCUUCUGAUCGAGCUUCGUCAACGGGUAAGACCUUAACCGAUGAUCCAAUUCAAAAAUUUCUUAAAAGGGAUUACAAAUGGGGUUUUGUAUCGGAUUUCGAAUCGUUUUCGAUCCCGAAAGGGCUUACGGAGGAGACAAUUCGACUGAUUUCUUCAAGGAAGGAUGAACCAGAUUGGAUGCUUCAAUAUAGGUUGGAUGCUUUCCAUAAAUUCCUUAAAAUGAAGGAACCCAAGUGGUCGGACAAUCAAUACCCUCCUAUCAAUUUCCAAGACUUCUGUUAUUACUCAGAACCGAAGAAGAAACCUACGCUGAACAGCAUCGAAGAGGCUGACCCAGAGCUUCUUAGGUAUUUUGAUAAGUUGGGGAUUCCACUCAAUGAACAGAAUCGAUUAGCUAAUGUUGCCGUUGAUGCCGUCCUCGACAGCGUUUCUAUGGCUACGACCCACCGGGAGAAGUUAGCAGAGGCUGGUGUGAUUUUCUGUUCCAUAUCGGAAGCAAUUAGGGAGCACCCGGAUUUGGUCAGGAAAUUUUUAAGCAAAGUUGUUCCUCCAGAGGAUAAUUACUUUGCGGCCCUGAACUCGGCGGUAUUCAGUGACGGAUCAUUCUGUUACAUCCCCAAGAAUACCAAGUGCCCGAUGCCCGUCUCCACUUAUUUUCGGAUCAAUGCAUUGGAAACCGGGCAGUUUGAGAGGACAUUGAUAGUUGUUGACGAGGGGAGCUUUGUAGAGUACUUGGAGGGUUGUACAGCACCUUCUUACGACCGGAAUCAGCUCCAUGCUGCUGUGGUGGAACUGUACUGCAUGGAGGGUGCAGAGAUUAAGUAUUCCACUGUGCAGAAUUGGUAUGCUGGGGAUGAGGAGGGGCGUGGCGGGAUUUAUAAUUUCGUCACUAAAAGGGGCAUUUGUGCCGGUGCUCGCUCUAAGAUUUCAUGGACACAGGUGGAGACAGGAUCAGCCAUUACUUGGAAGUACCCAAGUGUUGUUUUGGAGGGUGAUGACACGGUGGGAGAGUUCUAUUCUGUAGCAUUGACAAAUAACCAUCAGCAGGCAGAUACAGGGACAAAGAUGAUACACAAGGGGAAGAACACAAGAAGUAGGAUAGUCUCAAAGGGCAUUUCUGCUGGUUAUUCAAGAAAUUGUUAUAGGGGGCUUGUUCAGGUGCAGUCCAAGGCAGAGAACGCUCGGAACUCCUCCCAAUGUGAUUCAAUGCUUAUUGCUGAUAAUGCUGCUGCCAACACUUAUCCUUACAUUCAGGUGAAGAACCCCACAGCUCGUGUUGAACAUGAAGCUAGCACUGCCAAAAUUGGUGAAGAUCAGCUAUUCUACUUUUAACAAAGGGGCAUUGACCAUGAAAGGGCCAUGAGAGCCAUGAUUUCUGGGUUUUGUAGGGAUGUCUUUGACAUGCUUCCUGACGAGUUUGGUGCUGAAGUGAACCAGCUCAUGAGCUUGAAGCUUGAGGGAACAGUUGGUUAAGAUUGACUAUGCUACAUAGUUUCUGUACUCGAUAGAUUUUCACCUUGGUGAAGAACAUAAACCACUUUGUAGGUGUCCAUUAAAUAUGCAAAAGAAUAAAAUGGAAGUGAUUGUAGGUGUGGUGUAAGUUGAGCUCUUUAAGAAUGCUGUAACAUAAUGCUGUUACCUGGCGUCAAUCAAUUAUUGUAAAAUAUUUGAGCACUGGAUGAUUUGGGGAAACUGUACAAUUCUUUUUUCUGGUAUUGUUAAUUAAUUAUGUAUAGAAAGGUCUUAUAUAUUUCUGUUUGGA